CCACCCAUUCAUGAAAGUCGAGCAAUGGGGAAAAAAAAAAAAGAUCCUGCUUAGAAAGCAAGAGGGAUGCACAAGCCCAGAAGAAUCUAAUUUAGCACUGAAACUGAACACAUAGAACUGACAUACUAAAAUCUACUUUGAAAACACAUUGAAGUCUCUCCAGUGUGAAGUUGAACACAUAAAGAACCUUUGUUGUGCAUCCGAAUAUAAGAUCUGAAGCAAAAAUGUCCUGUAUAGAUCCUUAUCAGCACAUUAUGGUGGAACACCAGUAUUCCCACAAAUUCAAUGUGACAGUAAAGGAAGCCAGAAAUGUCACAAAAGGGGCUUUUGGUGAUAUGCUUGACACUCCAGAUCCCUAUGUGGAGCUGUUUAUCCCAUCAGCCCCUGAUUGUAGAAAGAGGACAAGGCAUAUCAAUAAUGAUAUUAAUCCUGUGUGGAAUGAGUCAUUUGAGUUUAUUUUGGACCCAAAUCAGGAAAAUGUUCUGGAGAUUACUUUAAUGGAUGCCAACUAUGUCAUGGAUGAGACUCUUGGCACCUCAACAUUUCCUAUAUUGUCUCUUAAAGUGGGAGAGAAGAAAGAAGUUGUAUUUACUUUCAAUAAAGUCACAGAAAUUACUUUGGAGAUGUCUCUUGAGGUCUGCUCUUCAACUGACCUCCGGUUCAGCAUGGCUUUAUGUGAUGAGGAGAAGAAGUUUCGACAGCAGCGGAAGGAGAAAAUCAUGCAAAAUAUAAGAAAUCUCCUAGGAGCAGAAAAAAGCAAGGAUUUGACCAUUUCCCGUGAUGUACCAGUAAUAGCCAUACUGGGUUCAGGAGGUGGAUUUCGUGCCAUGGUGGGGUUUUCUGGAGUUAUGAAAGCACUUUACGAAUCAGGAGUUUUAGAUUGUGCAACAUAUGUUGCUGGCCUCUCUGGAUCUACUUGGUACAUGUCAGCUUUAUAUUCACACCCUGAUUUCCCAGAAAAGGGACCAAAGGAGAUUAAUCAAGAAGUGAUGAACAAUGUCAGUCACAAUCCACUUAAGCUGCUGACUCCCCAGAAAAUCAAACGCUAUAUUGAAGCAUUAUGGAAUAAGAAAAGUUCUGGGCAGCCAGUCACAUUCACUGAUAUCUUUGGAAUGCUGAUUGGGGAAACACUUAUUCAAAAUCGAAUGGAUACCACCUUGAGCAAAAUGAAAGAGAAGGUCAAUAAUGCUCAGUGUGCUCUGCCCCUCUUUACAUGUCUUCAUGUCAAACCAGAUGUUUCAGAGCUCAUGUUUGCAGAUUGGGUGGAAUUCAGUCCUUAUGAGAUUGGUAUGGCAAAGUAUGGCACAUUUAUGCCUCCUGAUACAUUUGGAAGUAAAUUUUUUAUGGGGACAGUGGUGAAAAAAUAUAAAGAAAAUCCUUUGCAUUUCUUAAUGGGUGUCUGGGGCAGUGCAUUUUCCAUAUUAUUUAACAGGGUACUUGGAGUUUCCAAUUCUCAAAAUACAGGCCCCACCAUGGAGGAAGAAUUAGAAAAUAUUAGGCUAAAACAUCUUGUGGGCAGUGAUAGUUCAGACAGUGAAGAUGAAUCACAGAAACCAAAGGGUACUGAAAAUCCUGAUGCUAACAAAGAACAUGAAAAUAGCUGUCAAGACAGCUGGAAGCAGCGCAUGUUCAGGGCCUUGGUGGGAGAUAGUACCCUUUUCAACACCAGGGAAGGGCGUGCUGGGAAAGUGCACAACUUCAUGCUGGGCUUGAACCUCAAUUCCAGCUACCCACUAUCCCCUCUGGCAGACUUUAUGACUCAGGAAUCUGUGGAUGAAGAUGAAGUAGACAUGGCUGUUGCAGAUCCUGAUGAGUUUGAAAGGAUAUAUGAGCCGCUGGAUGUGAAGAGCAAAAAGAUUCACAUAGUAGAUAGUGGGCUUACAUUUAACUUACCGUAUCCUCUUAUUUUACGACCUCAGCGAGGAGUUGAUCUCAUCAUCUCCUUUGAUUUUUCUGCAAGGCCAAGUGACUCCAGUCCUCCUUUUAAGGAAAUUUUGCUUGCUGAAAAAUGGGCCAAAAUGAACAAGCUUCCUUUUCCAAAAAUAGAUCCAAAUGUGUUUGAUCGAGAGGGCUUGAAGGAGUGCUAUGUUUUUAAACCCAAGAACAGUUCUUCAGAGAAAGACUGUCCAACCAUCAUCCACUUUGUUCUGGCAAACAUCAACUUCCGCAAAUACAAAGUUCCAGGUCUUCUAAGAGAAACUGAAGAAGAGAAGGAUUUUGCUGAUUUUGAUAUUUUUGAUGAUCCUGAUACUCCAUUCUCAACUUUCAACUUCCAGUAUUCCAAUGAAGCCUUCAAAAGACUUCAUGAUCUAAUGGAAUUCAACACUCUGAAUAACUUAGAUGUGAUAAAGCAAGCAAUGGUGGAAAGCAUUGAAUACAGGAGACAGAAUCCUUCUCGCUGCUCUGUGUCCCUCAGUAACAUUGAGGCGAGGAAAUUCUUUAAUAGGAACUCUCCAAGCAACGACCAUACAUAGAACUGCAGGUGUAAGUUCUUCAAGAAACUAGAUUUGAGCAAGUGCUAAAAAGGACUUCAUUGCUCAAGUGAAAAUCCAUAUGUGAAAUGUUGUGUCUCAGCAUAAUUCACGCUUUUUUACAUGUAUAUUUACAAAUUUGGCUAUUUUCUUAGUUUACAAAAUGUGGAAUCAUAUAAUGUUUUUGAUGCAAAAUCAUUUAGGUCAAAAUGAUCCUAGUUGCAACAAAUCUAUGAAUAUUUUCUUUCAAGAAAGGUCUAUUUUCCAUUUUUAAUUUAUUUAAUUGGGACCAUUUUCAAAUAUAUAAUAAAAGAAUUGGAAUGCCAAGUUUUGUAUCAAUUACAAUAAAGUGUUAAUGAUGUUAGGUCGAUCUACACUUACACUAUAAACUAAGACAAAAUGCCACUCUACUUUAUAUCAAGAGUAAAACUUCCAUUGACUUCAAUGUGAACAGUCAACAGUAAUCAACAUCAACUUGAAAUCUCUCAGUAGUUUGUUCUUAUCAGCACUAUUAAUGUUGAUGUCUUUUGUUGAUGAACCUUUAAUGGAAAGGUUUUUGAGUAAUUGAUCACUAAUAGUUGUUGAUCAGAGUGACCCCACCUUAAAUCUAGUGUCAUAAAUCCAUAAUCAAAUGUUCUGUUUCCUCAAAAAAAAAUGCUGAUGGUUAGCAUGGAGAAAUAAUACAAAUAUGCUUGUGCAUUUUUAUCAAAUGUAUGGGUCAAAUUCUCACCUAGUCAUUCACUUUAUUAAUCUUCUCAUAAUUUAUAGCAAUUGGGGUUUUGUCAAAAUUUUUUUUUUCAUUUUAAUUUUAAAUAUUUUCACAAAAAUUAAAGGUGAUGUUUCACUACUAUCUUCUGAUACAGUCCAUCUUCAUUAUAAGUGAUUUAACAUGUCAAUCAAUAUGUUGGGAAGUUUCAGCUCUUGUGAAAACAUUAUAAAGAGGCAUAUAUCUAUUCAGAAGUAAAAAAAUUACUGUAUAUGUUUGUAUCUGCAUAAUGAAGAAUUUUAAAAGGAUUUUAAAUACAAUUUUGUUUGAUUGUGGUGAGAAAAAAGGAUAUUUAAUUGCACAGCAAAAAUGGUUUCUGGAGGGUAAUAAUACGUAGGUAAGAAUGAAACAUGAUUCACUUGCAUAUUUUUUCAAUUAAUUUUAACUAUAUAUAUGUUUAUGUGUUUGCGUGUAUAUUUUUAACACUUUCCAGUGUGGUAGUCCCCAAACAUCCAAGUAGACUAACACUAUGGAAACACAUAGGGUGACACAACCAGUGUUUCAAACACCUCCGAGUCUAAUUUGGGACAGUAAAGUGAAUAAGUGUAAUAAGCAAUAAAUGAAAGAAGUUGGACAAGGAAGGUGAAGAUAAAGAUAAUAAACCAUGGUGGUUACAUAGGUUAACUAUGUGAAUGACUUGAUGGUUGUGAAUUAUAUGAAAUAUUGCCUGUUUUGUUUUAUUUUAACAAACAAAUAGUAGCAACACUCCCCAACUAUCAAUCAGUAGUCAUUAGUUGGCUGAUGUCUUAUAGAUGUCAUUGCAAAAAUGGUUUUAAAGAAGAAGAUGGUAGCAGAUUUAUGGCUUAGUUCAAGACAUUAAUUGCUGUGUGUAAGGUAGCAGAAGAAAAUGAAAAAAAUGUGUGGUGUGAAGCAGAGUAAAGACAUUCCAGGUUGGUGUUUUAGUAGUACUUUUUUUACUCAAAUCUAAGACAACCUUGAAUUUAAGAUGACCUCCUCAAUAAUUAAAUUCCGUAGAAGGAAAAAUUUUAAAUUGGUAUUACUUUUAUAAAUAGACCUACUGACAAAAUUGUAGCAAUACCAGUAAGUCAUAAAUUCAACAAUAACUUCAAUGCAGUGCAAACAUUAAUAACUUAUAUUAGGUUCUGAACUUGAGGAGUGCUCUGCACACUGGAUCCCUCCCUACUGCUGCCCAGAGCCUUGCUGCAUGUUGGGUCCCUUUCUGAGUGCUGAGUCCCUUGUCACUGCAGCUAGAUCCUUCCCUGCAACAUUCAGGGUGCCGGAAUGGCCCUUAGGGGCCCCUUCCUGCUGUAUACCUUGCUGACCCCUGCUGGGUCUGUCCUCCCUGAAUACUGGCUGGCCCCUGCGGAGUCCCUCUAUAAGCAUGAUCAGCCCCUCCCUGCAGUGUGUUGGGUGCCUGGUUUGCAGGUGCCCAGUCACUCCCAGAUACUGCCUGGUCAGUUCAGAGUUUCUUCUUGCAGCUUGUAGUGUUUCUGGCUGGAAUAUUCUUGGGCAGCUCUGAGCUGCUGCUAUGCCUGCAGAUGCCAAGAUGACUCAGGAUAUGCUGGUUAGAAACUUUGUGAGCAGGGAUGUUGCCUGGCCAGUGCUUGCCGGGUCAUUCCCAGCUGUGUGCAAGGAGCCUGGCCAGCACAUGCUUAGGUGCCUCAGCACCCAACAGCUGGGCAGCAACUUGGAGCAACUUGGCACACACUGGUUAGAAACUCUGCAGGCUGUGGAGAAGAUGCCUGGCUGGCGCCUGCUGGGUCAUAGCCAGCUACAUGCAAAAGCAGCCUGGCCAGCAUGUGCUAUGAGUCACUGACAGCAUAGGCUGGUAAGGCUCCUUGCUCACAGCUGAGCAAUAACCGAGCAGGCAAAGCAUGGGGGAUUUCUAGUGUGUGUGUGCUGAGUCCCUCCAACACCCACCAGCCAGGCAGCAGCUUGGAGUGACCAGGUACCAGUUGUCUAGGGACCCUGCAUACUGAGGGGAUGUGCCUGGCCUACAUGAGCCCUGUCACCCUCUGCUGCAUGGCCACAUGCUAGGUGCCUUCCACGCUGCCUCCUCACUUACCUCACCAUCCCCUGCAUAUCUUCUGAUUUCAGGUAAGUCAUACUCAAUUCUAAGAUGAGGAUUGAUUUUUCUCCAUGUUGAAUGGAGCGGGGUGAGAAGGGCUCAUCGCAGAAUCAAGUAAAUAUGGUACUUUAUCCAAUCUGUUCCAUGAGAUGAAGAAGAGAGACAGAUUUAAAUAAGAUUACUCAUUCUGGGCAAGAUUAGGCACAUAUGUCUUUGGAAGAUUGGGUCCUUAAAUCAUAAGCUUCCCAUUGUAAAGACCUUAUAUAAAAACUUGACCGCAAGUUAAUGACAAAACUUCUGUUGACUUUAAUGGGACCAGAAUUUUACUUGUUAUCUUUUAAUUAUUUGUUAAUUAAAUAGCCUACCAGCAAACUCAGCACUCCAUAAAUAAUAAUAAAUCACAGUUGAAAACAUUACUUUGUGGGAGCACCAUUGGAAGCACAUACAAUUUUUUAUUUGAUAAUUUCAUCAAUAGACAAAUUUACAGCAACUACUUAUUUAUAAAAGAGAUCAUUCUUAAUUCACUGACUCAUCCUUUUAUUGUGAAUUAUAGCAAUGUUUUUAAUUGUCUAAAAUCUGCAAAACCAUGAGGGAAGUAAGCAAUUACAAUGAAUUCCCCUUAAUAGCUACUUCCACAUUCUUCCUUAAAUCUAUAUAAAAUAUAAUGUGAUCAAUACACUCUUCCUUUAUUGAUAAAUAGGUUUUAUUUGGGUUUGAUUUAGUACAUGUUUAAAAUCAACAGAGAAAAUAAAGGUAAUUUAUCUUAGUGCUGCAUAAUUUAAACAUUUUCAGAAAAUGUUUAAAGAGAAUGAAACUUGUACUACCUAUGUAUUGUAAUAUUUUUCUUUUUAAAAUAUAUUUUAUUGACUUUUCUUGUGGUUAAGAUGAUAUUUUUAUUUUAUAUUUUAUAAUGUGUAUCUUCUUUAAUAUGUUUGUUUUAUGGAAACAAGAUAAUAUUUUUAUUUUAUAUUUUAUAAUUUGUAUCUUCUUUAAUAUGUUUGUUUUAUUUUCAUAUUUUAAGAUUUAUAUCUUCAUGUUGCUAUGGCAUUAGAUAAUAAAAUAAAAACUGUGUGUGACUUUCA